AUGGGUGCGGGUCAAAUCGGAGGAAUAGCCACUCUGGUGGAUAUGGAUUUUAAAAAUGCCGCCGGAUUCCAUGGUGUACCAGCGGAACCAACAGAAGCUCAAUAUGUUAUACAUUAUUUAUCACACGCGAUGAUGUUCUGCAUGGGUGUGCUGAUAGAGGCUCACGUAGUACUAACCACAGCCAGUUGUGUCCACGGAGAGAAAUAUAAAUUCAGUGUAGUUGGUGGUACUCAUAAGUUUUUGGAACAUGCGGGCAUAAUGAGAACAGUGCAUCAUCUCUGUAUUCAUAAGGGUUACAAUACUUCGCAACGGUGGUCUGACUGUUUGACGGACAAUUUGGCGCUACUGGUUCUAAAUACUCAGUUCUCAUUCAACAUACGAGAGCCUGGGUCUGAUUUCUUGUUAAAUCGCGUCCGUUAUGGUGUGAGUGCUCCAAAGGAUGAGAGCCUAUAUUCGGACACAUCUUGCAAGUAUUACGGCUGGGGCAGUAGGAGAAAUGGCUAUUUAAUUCCUUUGCUGAUUGAUCUCCAAAAAAUGAAUGUGGUUUUAUUGCCAAGGAGCAAAUGUUUGGCAAUGUUCAACUAUGAGGAGAAGUUCCUGUGUAUCCAGCAAGGACAGUGUAGGUCGUCGAAAUUCGGAGCACUAUGUCCAGACGACGUAGGCUCCGUGAUAGUUUGUUCCGGCUUCGCACAAGGAAUAAUGACUUCUCGUCUAGUGGACCGACCCUGUGGAGUGGGCUUUUUGGACUUAAGCAAAUACACUAAGUUCCUGACCUGUGGAGUGGAUGACUCUCGAGACGUGCUUGACCAUGACACUCAUAUGGAAUACGAUUUCACUACCGUUCCUCUACCUUCCACCCCUAGCGUCCUGACCGUGCCACCAACCAAUGCCAGUUCCGACGAGCAACGUCUACCAGCAUAUUAG